AUUCACGUGCAGGUCCCGGCGUCCGCAGCAACGGAUCGUAAUUUCCCCCGGUUAUGGCAUUGGUAAAACAAACGGGUCCGUCGCCUGCAGGUACCGUGACUUUGAAUCAAAACGAAGCUUUGCAAUAUCAAUUCGACCUGCUGCGGAAUUGGCCAAACCAAUUCGAGGUAUGGCCGCUUCGCAGUGGACUCAACAUACUUGGUAUUGCUGCUUCAGCAGCUGGUAUAUACAUUAAUGCCCAUUAUAGAAGGAAACUAAAGUUGAUGAAAAUUGGACGUGCAGCUACCUAUUUGCCCAUUAUUAUUUUGCCUGGUUUCGCAGCUAUCCUAGGACACAAACUGUUCGUCACAUCGGAUAUACUUCUCGAAAAAAAGGAGUGCCCGCUGUGCCUCCAGACAAGAGCAGCCGUGAUGCAAUUUACAAUUGGCUUUCUCUAUCCAAUGACACUGGGUUCGGUGGGAAGUAUUUUGCUUGCAAAUCGGUACGUGACUUACAGGUUGCCCGACAUAACGACUGAUUUUCGAAGCAUGAUAUCAGUCCUGACAAAAUUUACUCGGCCAAUCUAUCUGCAAUUAUCAAUUAUAGCAAUUGGACAAGUAUUUACAGUUUUGUUCCUUACGGAAUUGGAAACAAAGUCUUACUACAAAGUGACGCAACAGUUGAUGAAAGCUGAGAAAGCUUAUGAUGAGGCUCGACGUGAUCGACAAAAAUAAGCAAUCAUAAGUGGAUAACGAACUCGCGUUGUCGCCGUGCUCUUAUCCUCUGUAGUAGAUGUACCCAGACCAAUUGGAUAUUGUUUUCUAUUACAUAUACUUCAGUAGUGUCCGCGCGCGCGUGUGUGUGUGUGUGUGAGAAUGUUCAAUCGAAAGUAUUCACAGUGUACAAAUAUUCUUCAAAGCGAUUGUUGAAGUAUACGACGAGAGGAUUCAGGUGGGCUAUGGCAUUUGUAAAUUAUAUAGAUUAAUAGACUAAAUAAAUUGUACUCCAUGAUAUAGAAAAUUGAAUAUUUAUUUUGUAAUUCCAUGUAUUUUCAUAUUUAAUUAUAAACUAGAAGUUGCUCAUAAUAUUAUUAUUAUUAUUCGUUUACGUCUAUAUUAUAUUUUUUUUUCUUUUCUUUUUUCCUUUUUCAUCUCUUUCUCCCUGUCAAAUAUCUUUUCGCUACUAUUCAUUGAACAUCUGAAUUAACUAUAAUCUGUUUUCAAUCGCUUUUGUAAUCAAUUGUUGGAUUUAAUGUAAACCACACAUCUAGGCACAUACUGAUUUCUUUGUUUGUUCUCCUAUUUACAACUUAUUAGAAUAUCAAAUAAGGAGCUGCUCGCGGUAAUGUUUAAUUUUUCGUUGAAUAUUAUUGCAUUUCAUUAAUAUCCGUAAAUGUUUUCAACAAUUGGAACGAUUAGUUGUAUUUCGAAUAUUCAAAUUUCAUUACCGCAUUUGUGAAUCGGAUAUCGAGAGAUGACACAACUGUCAUUUUUAAAUCACCUACAUAUCUUUUCUGACAUUGUUAAAUACUUCUUGUACGCAUUUUCAAAGCUGAAUAAUGAAACUGAUCCAAAUAGCAAAUUCGUGGAUAAGAUUUAACCCAAAAGACUUAUUCACAGAUUAACUGAUAGCAAUGUGUUUUGCAACCGGCAACUUAUGACAAUGUCAGAGUAUAUAGUAUAUUAUAGUAAUCUACUUGAACAUUGUACAUAAUAUUGAACAAAAUUCAACAACAUGAACUUUAUAAUUUGAUUAAUUGAUUAAUUAAUUAUUAUCAUUAUUAUUAGCAAACUCUAGAAACAACAAUGAAUAAAUUGGCAGUGAAUUAAACCAGCUACGUCGUUGGGCUGGAUGAUCUAAGUAAAGCUAAGGAGUCAUGAAUAAGUGGAAGAAUUUCAUUGGAAAUUCUGCCAAAGAACUUGGUUAAUUACUUGA